UAUAAAUAGAGGCUGUCAGGGGUAGGCGUGGCCUACUGCAGAUCUUGGUCAGAGGAGACAUUAACGAAGGGCAGCAAAAAUGGCAUCCCUCAAGGAGAAGCUGAUUGGGCAUUUGGCGACAACACAGCCCAGUCAGUCACACAACAAAAUAACAAUCGUUGGUGUGGGUGCAGUAGGAAUGGCAUGUGCUAUAAGCAUCUUGUUAAAGGACCUAGCAGAUGAGGUGGCUCUGGUGGAUGUAAUGGAGGAUAAGUUAAAGGGUGAGAUGAUGGAUUUGCAACAUGGUAGCCUCUUCCUUCGCACUCACAAGAUUGUGUCUGGCAAGGAUUACAGCGUGUCCGCAGGAUCCAAGCUGGUUGUGGUCACAGCUGGUGCUCGGCAGCAGGAGGGUGAGAGCCGCUUGAAUCUUGUUCAACGUAAUGUGAAUAUCUUCAAACAUAUAAUUCCUGACAUCGUCAAGAACAGCCCAGAUUGCAUCAUACUGGUUGUAUCCAAUCCAGUGGACAUUCUGACCUAUGUGGCGUGGAAGCUGAGUGGUCUUCCCAUGCAUCGCGUUAUUGGCAGUGGCUGUAACCUGGACUCGGCUCGGUUCCGAUACCUAAUGGGAGAGAGAUUAGGAAUCCACAGCUCCAGCUGUCAUGGCUGGGUUAUUGGUGAACAUGGAGACUCGAGUGUGCCUGUGUGGAGUGGUAUGAAUGUUGCAGGUGUGAACUUGAAGGAACUCCAUCCUGAGCUAGGAACUGACAAAGACAAAGAGAAUUGGAAGAAGGUGCACAGGGAUGUGGUGGACAGUGCUUAUGAGGUGAUAAAAUUGAAAGGAUACACUUCCUGGGCUAUUGGGAUGUCUGUGGCAGAUAUGGUAGAGACUAUUAUGAAAAAUCUGAAUAAAGUGCACCCUGUAUCCACAAUGGUUAAGGAUUUACACGGUAUUAAAGACGAAGUUUUCCUGAGCCUUCCAUGUAUUCUGGGUAACCAUGGAAUUUCUAAUAUUGUGAAGAUGGUGCUGAAACCAGAUGAAGAAGCACAGCUGCAAAAGAGUGCUACAACCUUGUGGGAUAUUCAGAAAGAUCUGAAAUUCUGAACCUCUCCCCUCUAGCCUUCCUCGACAGUAACAAAAGCAAACUUGCUGCAUGUACCCCUUUGUAGGAAAUGGGCAGUAUCCUUGUUUACUGUCUUUUGUGAUCACUUCUGACCAUGAAUUGCCAGACUUGCAGAGAAUCUUUCAUGUAAUGACUGUCUUCCUCACCUCACUGCUGUUAAUGUCUUAAGUAUUUAUGUAGAGCAGGCAGCUAUGUAUUGAAUAAAACCAUCAGAUUAAAAAAAAGUUUGAUCAAC